GACAACAACAGUUUGCUGGAAAAACCCGAUGCCAGAAUUUAAAGUUAACGGCUAUUUGGUUCAAGUCAAAGGUGCUGUUGAAAAGAACGAAAGCCUCCCAUCUUUGGACGGUCACUCUGAGACAUGCUACACAGUUAUGAACUCGACGUUGCGCAGUCAGUACGUGUUUCGUAUCACUGUCAUUUCUAAUGAUUAUUGGUCCGGUGAAGAAUUCGAUCUGCUUUUUAACAAGACUGCAGUGGGGUAUGCGCAGCAGUGCGUGGAAGAGAACUUUGCGGUGUGCAACUACAAAAACCCAUGUAACAGCAAUGGUGACUGCCAUCCAGGUGACUCCGUUGUUGAUUACACCUGCUCCUGUAACACAGGUUGGAUGGGUGAAAACUGUACUGUGCAAAACUAUUGUGAAUAUUCACCUUGUGAAAAUGGCGGAGUGUGUAAUUUUCUAAAGCAUAACGAGUUCAACUGCAUCUGUGGGGAUACUUUUUAUGGCCAUAGAUGCCAGUUCUACAAUGAGUGUCUGAGCUUGCCUUGUCAAAAUGGAGGAAGCUGUAGGGCACUUGAUAAUGGGGCUUACACAUGUGCUUGUGCUGAUGGUUACUCUGGGCAAAAGUGUGAGGUCAAGGACCCCUGCUCACCUUCACCUUGCAAGAAGGACCAAGGGGUAUGUGAAAGGUUGAAUGAUACAGCAUUCCACUGUGAUUGUUUUGAUGGUUUCUAUGGGAACCUUUGUGAGUUUAUAGAUGCAUGCAGUACCCAGCCUUGUCAGUACUUUGGUACCUGUCUACCACAGAACAACACAUACUCAUGUGUGUGUCCACCUGGCCGGACAGGUCAGAACUGUGCACUACGUGACCCCUGCCAGACGUCUCCCUGUAGAAACAAUGGCACCUGUGUGACCUCACCUACAAACGGCUCCUUCAGGUGCGGCUGCCCGCCUCAGAACUCCGGCAAUGAGUGCCAGUAUACCAACUACUGCUACAAUGUGAACUGUGGCAAUGGUACUUGCAAUCCUUUGGAGAAAUCAUUCAAAUGUAAUUGUCACAGUGGCUACCAUGGUAAAAACUGUGAAGCCUUUGAUAUAUGCCUCACCUUACCUUGCGGUUUAAAUGGCCAAUGUAACAGUGGUGAUGACAACACAACUGACAUGUACAGAGUUAAAUACACCUGUGAUUGUUAUGACGGCUGGUAUGGGGAGAGGUGUCAGCUUGAAGAUUUGUGCUUCCAUGGUGCAUGCAACAAUAAUGGUGAGUGCACCCGCAUCCCCCCUGAUAAAUUCCUCUGCCACUGUUACCCUGGCUACAACCUAAAAGACUGCUCAGUGUUUGACCCCUGCUUCACUGUCCAGUGCCAGAACGGAGGCAAAUGUCGCAACACGUCCGCCACAGAUGUCAAGUGUGACUGUCCCAGGGAUUGGAGGGGGGACAGAUGUGAGCAGGAGGUGCCUUGUAACAACGACAUGGCAGACUGUAUUUGUGUUGACCAGCAUCUACAGUGCCCACAUGUUGGAGAAGAAGAGAAUGCUGGUCAGAAACUCAAUGACCUUCUGGACCAAACUUCUGAUCCUGCAAGACUGACCGUCCAGCAGGUUGUAAACUACACUGACCAGCUGAUGCAUCUGUACAACGACACACUCACUAGAGUGCAGUAUGCUAGGAUUGCCAUGAAUGUGAUUGGCAACUUAGGGAGAGUCAACUUGUCUGUGAGUUAUGCUGCAGAGAUGGAGAACAGCACAAACACCAGGUUACGUGCAUUCAUCGACGACUACACCUCAGAAGUCAACAUCAGUGUGACUGGGGAAGUCAAGAUCUCUACGAAUGACUUGAACAUCAAGGCAGUCAUGUUUGACAAAGUGGCGGGCAGCUCAAACUACACCUUUCAGACUAGCAUGAACAACAGUGACAAGAACACAAUGUACAACGUGAGCAUAACCCUGCCAAUGCAUCUCCUCAAUGACACGGGUGAGCUAAACAGUUCCAGGGUCCAGUUUGUGGCCUACAGGAGAUCCCAGCUGUUUGUGCCUGUGGAUGGGUUCGAACCCUAUGGCCAGAAGGCUGGGAUGAUACUGAACCAGCAGAGAGUUAUCUCAGCUGUGGUCAAAGGGAGAGCACUGGAGAAUUUAACAGAGCCUGUAGUUAUACAGCUACCAAAAAUUCAGGCAGGUGUCAACCAUACCUGUGUCUACUGGGAUACUGCAUUGUCAAAUUGGUCAACUGAAGGCAUUAAAAUGGAAGAAGAUGAAUUUGGCUACGUGACUUGCUAUUCCACACAUUUGACAAGUUUUGCUGUGCUUUUGGAUGUUUCCCCGGAUUAUAAAUUAUCCAAGGAACAUGAAGAUGCACUCACGUACAUAACGUACAUAGGCUGUGCCAUAUCUAUGGCAUGUUUGGCUGUUACUGUGUUAACAUAUUCUUUAUUCAGGUGUCUCAACAAUGACAAGUCUGGCAAGAUCUUGAUCCAGCUGGGUGUUUCUCUUCUGAUUCUCAACAUCAUCUUUCUGGUUGGCUCUGUUGAUGUGUCCCAAUACAGUGAUGUUGGUUGUGUUAUUGUGGCCAUCUUGCUGCACUAUUUUAUCCUGGCGGCCUUCAUGUGGAUGCUGGUGGAGGCCAUUGAAAUGUACCACGCCCUGGUGACCGUCUUCUCCAAGUAUGAAGGAUACUACCUGGUCAAGCGAUGCUUGUUUGCUUGGGGUGUUCCUCUGGCAAUUGUGGGCAUCACAGCAGCUGUGGACAUUGGAAGUUAUCAUAACGAAAACAUACCAAGAGAUGUAUGUUUUCUGACGAGUAGAAACGCUGCUGCCUAUUACGCCUCCCUCAUCGCUCCCUGCUGUGUCAUCAUUGUCAUCAACACUGUGGUGUUCAUCAUGGUGUCAAGGGUUAUUCUAAAGCCCAAAUUCCAACAGCAGCAACAGCUGAUGAACGACUCCGUGAGCGUGACCCCCGCCCAAUUCAGGGGAGCCUUCACCGUCAUGUUCCUGCUGGGCAUCACCUGGGUCUUCGGGCCCCUGGCCAUCAACGAGGCCAAGCUAGUCUUCAGCUACAUCUUCUGCAUCUGCAACUCCCUGCAGGGGUUCCUCAUCUUCGUGUUCCGCUGCCUGCUCAACCCAGAGGCCAAGCUCGCCUGGCUCCAGCUCUACCAGACGGGGACACUCAAGCGCCGACGCGGCCCCAUCAAGUCCGUGUACUCCGACUCCAGUUCCAAGGGAGCCGACAUCAACCACCGGCGGCUCAGCAACAGCAACGUCAGCGGUUUACAAGUCAACCAAACGGGCAAGUCCAACAAAGGGGGGAACAGCUCCCAUCCCCACCCACACCAGAUCCACACCACAAACGGCUGGCACCCCAACCUCAAUGGGAACCGGUCUGAAAAGUCGAGCCACGCAACCCAAGGGUUCAGUUUUAGCAUGUCGCCCCACGAGGAGCGUCGCUCCAGUGUUGAGUACUCCAUCGCCACCAAACGGGAAUCCAUCCCCAAUGAUUCUGUGGGUGACUUUCAAGAUCAACUCACUCAUUUUUGAUGGAGCAGAGAAUCUCUUCGAUCAAGUGAAUUAUUUCUAUAAACAGGAGAGUACAUUUGAUCAAGAAAAAGAUAUAGUUGGAAGAAUAUUUACAAAUAUUUAUAGUCUUUCUGUGUGAUGUGGUGUGAGCUAAGGACACGCUUAAAAUGUUAGAAGCAAAAGGUACAUGAAUAUCUGUUCUAUCUUUAUGGGGUAAAUGUUGAAGAUUUUUAAAAAUUCAUUUAUUAUUUUACUUUUGUACUAUAAUUUUUCCUUUGCCUGUUAAAAAGUUAAAACUUUGAAUUGUAGUCUACUACCAGAUUGUAAUAAAAGCAAUGUAUUUCUUUGUAUAGAACAGUUUGUUUUGGUCUUAUAGAAGUAGUAAAGUGACUUAAAAAUAUACUGUUUGUUAAAUAAAUUUUUUUUUAAAGUUAGUAGCUAUGGCUAUAUGAAAUUUCCAUACAUUUUUUUGUUUGGUAUGUGAAGAAGUUUUUAAAAAAAUCAACUUUUGUGAUCUCUAUCUUCCCCUGUAAAUCCCAGUUUGUUAUCUUUUCUAACUUAAAUAUUUGCGAGACUCGCUAAAGGCCAGUUACUCUUCUUGAUGUUAUUUUAAUGAUGGACCAGCAUUAUUAUUUCUUUCUGCGAAAAGUGUGAUGCUUGUUUUUCACAUUUUUAUCUAGUGUUUGUAAACAUUUGCGAUUAUUUUUUUUAUACGGAAUCUUUUUUUUUCAAAUUUCUUUUUGAAACACUUUGCAGAUUGCUAUUGAGUUUACCAAGUUAGGUUGAGGUAACAAGGGUGGUAACCCCUGUCAAAAUGUAAUGUAAAGAUAGCAUAAAUUAAGAAAUAUAUCGAUGCAACUGGCAAAUGAUCUCACCACUGAAUAAGGUUAUGCUUAAAAUAUUAGCUUCAUUUGCAGGAUACAAGUUUGUACAGCUAAUAUAAUUCCCAAAUUAUUUUUUUUUAAAGCAUUUUAAAAAAGAUUAUUUAGAUGAGUGAAAUUUUAAGAAUACUAUUAUUUAUAUUUACAAUAUAAGUCCUUCAAAUUAUGUAGGUCUGUUUAUACUAUAACUCUUAGCAACAAUGUUUCAAAAUAGCAAUCUUUCUCAUUGUAUAUAGUGUUGAGUUUUGUACACAUUUGUGUUGGUUUGUUACUGCCCUUUGAUUGUAAAAUUUACUGUGAGCCUGUGGAAGAACAAAAAUGUGCAAGAACAUUUUCAAUCUUUUAGUUACAAUGUAAAAAAUGAUCUAUGGUUUAUUUGUGAAGUUUACUGGAUGUGUUCAACCAUAUUUUAAAUGUUCAUAUUAUCUUAGCUUAGUUCAAGUCUACCUAUUUACAAUUUAUAUACUACAUAAUAUAUUGAUGUCAAAAUAAUUUUAAUUCACCUAAAACCACCUGUAAAGCCACCUGAUUUGUUUUAAAAGUUGUUUAUAAAAUUGCAUGCGACCUGUGUUUUAGUAUUUUUUUAACAAAUAUUUACGACAAAUUUACAAUAGUUGUCAGUUCUCAUGAUUUUAUUGGUCAAAUUCUAUGAAUUCUGGGUAAUUUUUGUUUACAUGUUCUUACAUUUAUAUUUUAUAUAUAUACACCCAUUUUGAAAAGCUUGUUUAUGAGAUAUUGUGUUUCAUUCCACAUAACUUAACACUUUAUUCCUGUAUUUGUUAUUGAUGUUGUAGUUAUUCCCCUUUUACCACCAUGUGGAAAAUGUGCAUGAUUUUAAAUAAUUGUAAGUUUUUAAAAAUUUAUGAAUUUUUUUUU